AUGUCAGAAGAACAAUCGAAUAAUUCUAAACUAGAAACUAAUAUAAAUCCAUCAACUACAAAUACAACAACUCACGCUCCUAGCCAACUACAGACAAAGUCAGAUUCAAAGCUAGCAAAGACUAUUACCACUGGAGAUGCUAAUACUGGUACAGCAACAACAUCACAUACAUUGAAUAAUGCCAAUACCAACUCACAUGCCACUUCACCACAAUUAUUACAGAAAGAAGAACCAACUCCAGUCGCCACUACUACUACUACAUCAUUCAAACUUCCAAAACGAGUAUUGGUAUCUUCUGAUGGGAAAAGUGAAAUAUCAAAAACUUCAAAUGUAGUCAAUCCUGGAUCAAAUGUUACUACUCCAUAUCUGGUAAAUCCAUCUCAAAGUAAUAUCACCACAUCAGUACAUGCACAAGAUUCAAAUCUAACGACAGAUCCUAAUUCAUUUCCAGCAAUACCCACAACUACGAAUCAUCCGUCUGUACUGAAUACCCCUAUGCCGGUACCCUCAGGAGUAACUUCAGGAAUUGCCACACCUUCAACUCAAACCCCAGCAAUACUAGACAAAAAUACGAUAUCAAAUAUAAAUAAAUCUUUAAAGGCAAAACAAAAAGUUGCAGGUCAUAUUCUUCAUUCUAAGAAUCCAACCUUAAUUUCAAAUAUCAUUAAUGCAUCCUCAUCUCAAAGUGUUUUACCUCCAUCAAAUCUUGAAACAGACUCAAAUACUAUUACUCAAGGACCAGUUAAUCUCGUGAGAAGUAUUUCACAUUCACAUAUGCCUAUUACAUCAACAUCCUCUACUACAAAGAAUAAUGAGAAUAUAAUAUCCCAUAAUGACUUCCCUGCAUCAACAACUAAUUUACCAACCCAAACAUCUGUGUUGCCACCUCCUCCAUCACAACCUACACAACCACCAUCAACUCCGGCGGCAAAUCUCAUGUUACAUUCAAAUAGUUCCAAAAGUAACCAAUCAACAACUGGAGUCGCACCAGUAAUACAAGGAAGUUCAAGCACAGUAGGACAAACUAUUACUACACCAACACCGCAUCUACCUAUGCCACCAAUCCCAACCACACCAGCACCCAUUGAUAGUGAUGCCACAGCAAAUAAAUCUAAAGGAAAACAUAAGAAAUUAGGCAAACAAAGUUCCGCCAGAACUGAUUUCUUUGCUGCUAAAUUAGCAAGUGCAGUCGAUGAUGUUGAAAGUAGUGAUAGUGAUGAAACAUUUGUCUAUGAAAACAACAAUAAUGAUUUUGAAACUGCUAGUAAUGCGGCAUAUAUGGAGAAUGCCAGCAUUAAUGGAAGUGUAAUUGGAGGCAACAUACCACAACAACCGCAAACCCAACUGCAUCGCACACCUUCAAUUUUUGAUGGAAAUAUACCACCAACUGUCAUUGAACAUCAUCAAAGUACAGAUUUCCAACCUGCGAAACCAUUUAAAAUCACCAAUGCCGGAGGAGGAGGCUCUACAUCCAACAAACCUGCAUCAUUAGCGAAUUCAUUAGGCAGUGUUCAUGAAAUGGAUUUUGGAAGACCCGAUAGACGGCCAGUUAACCCGGCAAGAGCAUUUUCAACCUAUUCGAUAGAUGAAGGAUCGGGAGGUCCGGGUACAACAGGAACAGGAACUCCAGGAGCCGCGAAGUUAUCAUCAUUCCUUUCUUCAGAACGUUCAUUGAAUCAAUCACCACUCGUGAGUCCAUAUGUCGACCAUCACCAUCAUCACCCACAGCAUGAAUCGACACGGGAUUCAAGUGCUCAACCUUCGAUAUAUAAUGAGGAUAGUUAUUCGUAUAAUGGUGUAGUUGACGAUGAUGAGAAUAUAUUGGAUGAUGAUUCCGGUGAUGGAGAGUUUUUUAAUAAUAAUAAUAAAGAUAAAUCAAUAACUGGGAAUAAUACUUUGAUCCAACAUCAGACUUCACAUCUGACCUUGUCCCCGCUCCAACAACAACAACAACAAGCAACACAUUCGGUGGUUUCAAAAGGUACCACACCUUCUGGAUCUGAUAAAGCUGGGUUUAAGAGAGGUUAUAAAUCUUCAAAUGCAACCAGUUCAUCGAAAUUGAGAUCAACUACUCUGAAAUUGUUUGAUAAGAAAGGUUCUCAACCUAGAAGGUAUAGUACCAUACCUGAUGAUAUCGAUAUUGAAGAUUUUGAUGAUGAAUUGAUAUAUUAUGAUAAUAAUAUCGGAUUCCCAUAUAAUAAUAACAACAAUGUUAAUGAAGGUACGUCACUAUUGAAUUCAAGUAAUGGACAUCCUCAUCGAAUUCCUCAUUAUAGAUCCCUAAAUUUGAAUUUCCCAGGUAUGAAACGUCCACCACCUCCAGGAUUUAACCCAAGGAGAUAUGUAUCUACUGGUCAAACAAUGUUGAGCGGACAUCCAUCUGAAACAGGUUCACUUCAUAACACUCCAAAUGAUCCAACAAACUCAGGAAAUGCAACUCCCAAUCUCGGAAACACCAAUAAUGGCAAUAAUAAUAACGUCAACCCCAAUCGAACAUUCCCAUUCCCAUAUAGUCAAGACCAGCAACAACAUAAUUUUUAUUACGAUUAUGACGAAUAUGACCAAGAAUCACAAAUCUAUGACCCGGCCUUCGACCCCGAACUACAAAUGAACAGAAAAGGAUCCCAACCAUUCCCCGGGUAUAAAAGCAUAAACGAUAAAGGUGCCAAGAGAUAUAAUAACAGCAACAACAACAAUCCUAAUGGAUAUGAUGGCUUCUUCAUGCCACGAAAACAACAACACACGCCACCGGAUCCAUAUGCCGGCAUCAUGAACAUCAAACGAAUUUUUUAUGGGGUGAUUACAAUAUUGGCGAUCUUGACCAUUGGAUUCGUGUUGGGGUUUGUGUUGGCCACGACGAAAGAUUUGACAGAUGUUGCGAUUAUGCUGAUUGAGAAUCCGAUUGUGAGUUCGGAUGAGUUGGUGUUUAAUAUUGUGGUGGAGGCGUUUAAUCCUGGUGAGGUGUUGGGAAGAAGAAGUUCGAAUAAAUUGGAGACGGUGAAGUUGGGGACGAUAUUUGCGUUGGAAUCGACUAUGAAUUUUAGAGGGGGGUUCUUUAGUAGAGAACCGUGUGUUCAGAAAGGUGGGGUGAAGUUAUUGAACCCGGGCAAGAACUUGACUGCGUUAAUUACUGCUAUGAUUAUGGAGAAAUCAGGCACGGCAGUGGUGAAUAAGGAGGAGAAGAAUAAACCUGAUGGAAGAGAGCCGGAUAAUUCUGAGAAAUGGGAGAUUAUAUGUAAGAAUCCAUUCGAUUUGAUUAUUUCAGGGGUAUUGAAGUAUGAAUUACCUUUGGCGAGAAGUACCAAGUCGGUUGUGGUUAGAAAGACAGGAUUUGUUGAUCCUACUUUAUUCAUUGCCGCAAAAAACGCAAAAGCAGUAGAAGAGGAAGAGAUUAAAGUUUAA